ACUGGAUCCACCCAAGCCACCUUGCACAUCAUCGAAAGUGCAUUUCACAGUUCAUGACGUCACGAAUCCCACCUUUCCUCUCACUCGCUCUGUCCUUCUAGUCAGGCGCAGCGAAGUUUGAUUGCGGGUCGGGGUCUGUGGGUUUCGCCACGGGCGCACAGUUGCGGUGACUCGCAUCCACUCAGUCGAGGGGAGAUUUCUUACUUUAAUGUUUUGUAAUCAAUAUACGUAAGGGAAGACCGGUUUUUAACGAAGGGGGAAGUUGUUCAGGAGUGGAUUUUAGCCAGUGCGUAAAACCACUGCUCUCUCUCUCCGUGUGUGUUUGAGGAAUAACCAGCAACAUGUCGAGGGAUCCAGAGGACGUGAAUAAGCUUACAGAAAGUACUUACAAGAAUGUUGUGGAAAACUUCAACCCUGCACUGAGGAACCUGAUCAACUUGGGGAAAAGCUAUGAGAAGUCUGUGACAGCAAUGAGUCUGGCCGGGAAGGCGUACUUCGAUGCGGUGGCCAAGAUCGGAGAAAACGCAGCCGUCUCGCCAGUCUCCAGAGAGCUGGGAGUGGUCCUGAUGGAGAUUUCCGAAGCGCAGAGGAAGGUGCAGGUGGAGAUGGAGGAAACGUUCAAGAAGUUCCACAGAGACAUCAUUGCGGAGCUGGAGAAGAAGACUGACCUGGAUGUGAAGUACAUGACGGCCACAUUCAAGAGAUACCAGUCGGAGCACAAGCUGAAGCAGGACUCCCUGGAUCGCUCCCAGUCCGACCUGAAGAAGCUGCGCAGGAAGAGCCAGGGCAAGCAUUCCUCCAAAUACGAGGUCAAAGAAAAUGAGGCUGUCCAAGUCAUCACCACCCGCCAGACGGACAUGCAGAAGUUCAUCGCCGACGGCUGCCAAGAGGCCCUGCUGGAGGAGAAGAGGAGGUUCUGCUUCCUGGUGGACAAGCACUGCACCUUCACCACCCACCUCUCCACCUUCCACGACAAGGCCAGGGAGAUGCUGCAGGAGAAGCUGGUGACCUGGCAGGACAAGUGCAGCGACGCCACCAAGGUGCCGGACACCGUCAUGACCAUGAUCGAGGGCCUGCGCACCCCCAUCUCCAUGACCCCCGACGCCUCGCCACUCAUGGAGCGCCUGGCCAGGACACAGAGUAACUCGGACACGGUGGGUCCCCCGCCUGCCCCGACCCUGAAGGCCCAGAUCAGUCCGCUGGCCAACAUGUUCAACCAGGAGAUCCCCAAGAGUCCUGUCUCCGCUGAUUACAACACAGAGUCGGCAGACCAGGACAGCCUCGGUAGCAGCAGCCUGUCGCGUUCCACCUCCAUGUCGAGCGACGUGAACAGCAUGGCGCGGAAGCCACGCGUGCUCACCAUCUUCCCCCACACGGCCGGCAACAACGACACGCUGCUCAGCUUCGACGACGGCGACCUCAUCACCCUGCUCAUCCAGGAGGAGAAGGACGGCUGGCUGUACGGCGAGCUGGAGAAGACCGGACAGCGUGGCUGGUUCCCCUCCUCCUACUGCCGACCCUAUGCAGAGCCACUGCUGACUAACAGGAUGGACUCGUAUAGCGGAGGAGCCGACCUCCUGGUCGAGGAGGAAGGAGAGGAGGGCCCCGUGCUCCUGCCUCCCCCCGACUACAGUGACCCCUCGCAUGGGAGCCCCGUCAAGACCUCCACCCCCUCUCCGGACAGCAUGGUUGUACCCAAUGGAAUUUCGAAACCACCAUUCUUGAGUGGAGGGAACCCUUUCGCUACUGUCAAACUACGGCCUACAGUAACCAAUGACAGAUCGGCACCUGUGGUCUAGAGCCGUCCCUCUGAGCAUUCGACGUGUCCCACGCGGUCCUGCCUUUCCUCCCCUCCUCUCCCCCCUCCCUUGCCUGGGCCAGGGGGGCAGGGUUGGGUCGGACCGGGCCAAUAGGGGACAUGGAGGUGGCCCCCUACAUCCCCAACCCACCACCCCCCCCACCCCCUUCCCCCCUCCAACUGAUCGCCUAAACGCAACAGUCCCGCUCUUUUAUCCACUCUGUUGCAUUCUGGUUUUUACAUGUUGCUUUUUUAAACAACGGACAUCAGGGAAAUUGGGAUUGGAAAGGGGGAGGGGGUUGGAAAUGGAUGGAUGGAUGGAUGGAUGAAUGGCUGGCUGCAUAGAUGGAUGGAUGGAUGGAUGGAUGGAUGGAUGGAUGGAUGGAUGGAUGGAUGGAUGGAUGGAUGGAGAGACUGGUGGAAGAAAGGGGUUGGAAUCUGGCAUAAGGUUCACCUGAAGUUGACCCUGCCUCCAACAUAAUAAGUUUGCAGUUGUGGAAUUUUAUGUUUUUUGGGGGGGAACAAACGUCACACAAGAUUAUUUUAACUGUGUUUUGUGCCAUCACCAUGUCCAUUAAGGGAUGGGGCUAUAUUUAUACAUAUAUUAUAUUUUAGAUAUAAUUUAAUAAUCUAUAGAACUCUAUUUUGACGCCGAAUUAGUGUGAAUAUUGUAAGAGUCCUGGCACCAGCCUUUCCUUUUAAAGACAAAGUGCGUUUUUAUUUGAAAAUAAAGAGUAUUGCUGUUGUGUUUUUAAAUUGAUGUGUUGUUGAACCUUGAAUGCCUGAGAAUACUUUAAUCGUCCAUUAUGUUCUUUCUUUUAUUUUUAUUUUAAUUUGCUGACGAAUGCUGAAUGAAUGUUUUCUGUAUGGAUAGCUACCAUUCUGGUACUGUAGUGUUUGUAUGUGUAUUUUUUCACACUUAACCCUUUUUUCCUUUCACUGGGUGUGCACUACAUUCAGGUUGUGUCCUCACAUGAAAUAUCGGUAACACUUGACUUGACGACGGUGUCAUAUGCAUGUCAUUACAAUGUCAUAAUAGUGUCAUGGCACAGUUAUGCACGUGUCAAAAACAUUAUGUCCAUGUCACAAACAUAAUAUGACACCGGCAUCAAGUAAAGUGUUACCGAAAUAUCUAUACAUAUUGGUCUGUGAGUGUUCUUGGUGAUUCCUCUUGCAAGGAUUUGCUCUGGCCAGAGAUAUGUGUAUUGUGAAGAUAGUUUGUUUGUGUCCUGGUUUAUGGGAAUAAAGCAAUAAAGGUGUUUUUUUGUGAAGUGACUUGUUGCCUACCUGUAGUUACAAGCAGUUUUGGCUGGCUUUCCUACGGCUGACUUCACGCUGUUCUCAUCCAUUCCUGAAAACUGAUGUGCAUUCUUAACCUCAGUGACUUCCUUUUACAGUAAAUACCACCCCACCACACCACCCCCCACCCCUCUAGCCAUGACGGUGCAUAUGACAAGAGUUGGAAACGCAUAUUUUGUUUGUUUUGGAAAAAUGUAUGGGGAAUGGUUUUAUUUCGUUUUGUUGGACCACUGUUGUUUUUCUCACCUGUUGCAAAUGUUGUGUUAUAUUCAUCACAUUUUAUGUUUUUUUUAUUAUUAUUAAUUAAAAAAAUGCACCCUGGAGAGCUUUUCACAAUUUUAUUCAGUUAUUUUUCAAGUAUCAUUUUGAACCUCCAUAUGCACAUCCUGGGACAGAAUGAGACUGUGUAUUUGGACAAAGAACCAUAUUUUGAAUGUACAAUGACACUUUGUUUAAAAUAAAGGUAUACUCAUGGCU